CAGAGAUGAAUAACCAAAGACAACUCUACUCAGAACUGAAUGUGGUUAAGGAUUCAAGGGGACAGCAAAUGAAACCUAAGGUCAUUAAAAGCUCCAUUUCAGUAGCUGAACAAGAAAUAACUUAUGUGGAAUUUAGCUUUCAAAAUGCUUCUCAGGAUCUUCCAGGGGAAGAGAAGAACGAACACUGCAAAGGUUUACUAUCACCUCCAGGGAAGCUCAUUGCUGGGAUCCUGGGACUCAUCUGCCUUGUACUGCUCUCCAGUGUGGUAACAAUGAUAGCUGUUAUUCCCUCUACUGUACCUCUGGAGCAGAACGAUUCAUCCCUGAUAACAAGGAAUCAGAAAGCAUAUCAUUGUGGUCGUUGUCCAAAGGAGUGGAUAACAUAUUCCAACAAUUGCUAUUACAUUAGCAUUGAAAGAAAAGCAUGGAAUGAGAGUUUGACGGACUGUGCUUCUAAGAACUCUAACCUGCUUUAUAUAGAUAAUGAAGAAGAAAUGAAUUUUUUGAACUCCUUCAGUGUUUUUUCAUGGAUUAGACUCUUCCACAGAAACAAUAAUACUUCAUGGGUGUGGCCAAAUAACUCAACUUUCUCUUCCAAACUAUUCUCAAUAUCUUCAGAGGGGGAUAAGAAAUGUGCAUUCUUGGAUUUUCCUGAAAACAGACUGUCUUCUGCAUCCUGUUUAGAUAUAAAAAUAUACGUUUGUAAGCACCAGGCACUUUACCUUAACUAAAUUUGGUAUAAUGCUACUCUCACCGUCUAUAAUAAACAUAUUUGUCAUUUCUU